GCCGCGCACUCGGACACAAUCUAGUCCCCGCUUUUCAACUUAAAUUAGCGGAAGGGAAGCGCGGCGCUUCCCACGUCGGAGUCCGAGUCGCUCGACCACCCCCCGGAGUACAGCCAUCCGGGGCCCGACGCCUUCGCGGCGGCUUCCCGGCACUUUUGGAGACGGGCGGAAAGUCGGUGAUGAGUCCCGGGCUGCCAAAGCAGCGAGAACUUGCUUUGCGAGGCGCCGAGUAGUUCUUCUUUGGCUUGUUAUUGUCGGCGGACGAAAAAAAAAAAAAAAGCCCGAAUCGGGCCAAAGUUGUCGGCGAUCGCGUCCAAAGUGGCAGCAAAGUGCUCGGCCGGGCGGAUCAUGGAAGUGCAAGGCCCGCAAGAGGCACUCAAAGUGGAAAUCCAAUGUCAUCAGAAGCUGGCGGCGCGGAGUUGCCCGGCGGGCGCCGGAAAGCCGCUCUCCCUCAUCAAGACCCCCGGCCAGGGCAUCUCCAUCUCUGUGGUUCCGGCCAAGGUCGUCAAUGGCGCCGCGCCGCCGCAGACCUCGCCCGUCAACCUGCAGACGGGCGGCAGGGCGGCGCUCGGGCCCGGGGCUCGCCCGCCUCAGCUUCUUAAAUCGCAGAUAUUGAGCCCGCUGGGUUCGAUCCCCGCGAAGGUGCCUCAAGUCAGUCCGCUUUACCGACUGGCCGGUCAGGCCGCCGGCGCGCUCCCUCAGGUCAGUCCAAAGACACUGAUCCCGGACAGCCUUCCCCGCGGCCCCUGCCGGGACACCCCGCGGCCACGCGGCCCGGAGUGCCCCGCGGUCCACCGGCUCGGCCCCAAGUGCGCCCCGAGCCCCCGUCGCCGGCCUUACGAUGGCGCCGCCCCCUUCCCGGCCGGCGAUGCGGGCGGGCCAGCCUCGGGCGGCGCCGGGGUGGCCUACGCCAUCAUCGCCGCCUCGCCCGCCGACGCCAACGGGGUGGCCGCCGUCAGCGAGGCCGUCAAGGUGGGUGGAGAGCCGCCGACGGACGGGCCGACGCCUCAACCAGAUCGCUCUGGUUAUCAGGUGAUCAUCAUCCAACCUCAGGCCCCCGGCGGCGGCGAGGGCGGGUCGCUCCCCCCGCCGUCGCUCGCCUCGGCGGAGAAGACGGACGAGGACCCGGAGAAAAUUUCCUUCAUGGUCGCCCUCGGUCUGGUCACCAACGAGCACUCGGAAGAACUCCAACUGAAGAGGCAGGAGAGGAAAAGGCGAAGCACGGCGAACCCCGCCUACAGCGGCCUCUUUGAACCGGAGCGCAAGCGUCUGGCGUCGCAUUACCUGAACGGCUCGCUCUUCCUGUCGGCACGAGACUCUGAGGACUUCUGCUGGAAGGAUGAGGCGGAGCGGGACGAGCAAUGCGCCGUGUGCCGGCGGGACGGCGAGCUACGGCCGUGCCACAACUGCCCGCGAGCCUUCCACCCCGAUUGCCUCCGAUCGCCGCUCGAGACCCCGCCCGAGGGACCCUGGUACUGCCCCAAGUGCCACAAGAAGGUUUUGAACAAAGAGAAUAUGUCGUGGCCUCACAACUUUGCAAGGUCGUACGUCACGCACAAGACAGUGCGUCAGGAGGAGAAGCGACGUCUGCUGCGACGAAACGUGGAGCUGAAGAAGGAGUGCGCUCACCUGGAGGAGGAAGACGAACAACUCGACAAGACGCUCAAACGCUGCCUGGCCCGUCGAGAGCGUCUGUCGGCGCAGCAACGAGACACCCUGGCGUCGUUGGAGCGUCUGAAAGCGCUGGUCAAGCUCAUCCAGGUUUCCGUGACCGCCGGGCCCGCCUCCUCCCCGUCGCCCCGGACGAAAAGCCCGACGUCGACGACGGGCUCGCCCCUGCGGCCGUCCCGGGACAACGUGGCCGACUAGCCCCCCGAGAAGCGGACGUGUGACGACGGACGCCUUUUUAUUCAAGACCUCCAGCGCUUACGAGAUUAGUUUUUUGGGUUUCGCUCGUUGUUUGUCGGCCUUAUCGUGUUCUCAGUGCCACACGCCACCAGCUCUUUUUCAUUUUUGCCAAAACAAUUCAGGAAGUAUUCAGAGAAGAAGAACAAAGUAUUUAAGACGUCGUUGCCGAGCGAGCCCCGUAGAAUCGAACGGUUCAACCGCCCCCCCCCCCCCCCCCUCCCCGGCGCGGAGUUUACGUCCUCACCCGUUCGGUCGGCGACCGGUCCGUUCUUCCCUAACCACCGGUCCGGUUUUUAUCCCGGCGGCGUCCCGGAACGAGCGGUCGCCUCGCCGACAUGCCGAACGAUCGUCAGAAAUGGCUUUUUUUGUGUGUGUGUGUGUUCCGGAAGUCAUCGGCCGCCGUGCCGUCGUUAAAUUGUAAGCGGCCUUAUUUUAUUUCACCGCACCAAAAGUUGAAGCUUACGCGUUCGGCGGAGGCCAAAAAGUCUGCUUUUGGCGGACGCGUUCUGCCCGUCAUUUCCCUCGAAAAAAAAAGGCCUUCGUCAUCAUCGGCGCCGCUUCAUCUUUCCGCCAGCGAGCCCCCACCCGCCAUCUUGUCCGGGAGAAACUGUGGCGCGCGAUGAAGCGACAUGUAUUUUAUUAGAGCACACCUUUGAACAAAGAAGAGGACUGAAGCUUUUUUCUAUUCUUUUAUGAGCGGCAAAAACAAUAGAUGUCUCGUUUGUGUCGUCGACGCCGCCGUCGGAAGGAAGUUGCCACUAGCCAGUAGAACAAGUGUUUUGUCUUCAAUAUGCCAACGUAGUAGUUGACUUUUCUACCGACUUAUUACGAAAAAAAAAAAAAAGACAACCAUGUGAUUCCUUAAAUAAACAUUUCAACGACGAUCUAUCUGCGUGAGAGUGUUUGUUAACAGAGUGCAAGUGCGCCGAGCGAGCCGACGAUUCCUUUUCCCGCUCGCCGGCUAAUCGCCGCCGGACGUUUAUGAGCGACGUCAAAGCGGCACGGCGUUCCGGACUGUGUGGGGGAGGGCCGGAAGGCUUCUUCCGCCAGAGGUGGCGGUCUUGAGCUCUCAGAUGACUCACAAACGAAAGCUGCGACGAAGACGGAAACGCGUUUGCGGGAACGUGGAGAAUCUUCAACCGCCGAGGCGAGGCACGCCGCGACAUCGCACGUGAGCGACCGCCGCAAUUACGAGGAAUGUGUCUUUUUUUUUUUCUUCGAAACGGGCAAAAUCCAAACGUUGAACAACGCGGACCGAUUUACAUAUAUGCGUGUCAAAAAGACGGUCGUUAACAAAUGUGCAGAAACUUAGCCACGCCCCCAUCUGGCGCAUGGGAAGUUAGGUCACUGUCGGUCGCAACGAAGCAAUGGCCCGCGACAUUUUUCAGCCGAUCGCGAGAAGGAACGCUCGCUCGGAAGCCUCGCCUUGGCGCUUUUUCCACAUGUGCAGGCCCUCCUUACGUAAGCACCUUUCGACGUUCUAAAAAUAUACCGUCGUUGACCCGGUGAAGCGUAAACCCAUCGUCCGUCCCUAACCGGUUUACGUUUUUGUCGGGAACGUCCCGACAUGAGGCCUUUUCGGUCGGAGCGGCGAAAGUCCUUUUCGUGCUCAAUGAAACGAGUUUAGAGCCGGUCGACGCCCAAUCAGUUUGAAGCGGGAGGCUCGGCCGGUGGCGAACGGACCCGCGUCCACCGAUCUCUCUGUUGUUUGUUCCCGGUCUUCCCUCGUCUGUUCGGUGCCGAGCGGAGAGGAGACGGCCGUCGGUCGCGUCCUAUUUGCCCUGUUGUGGCGUUUAAAAAUAAAAAAACACAAGGUGAUGAGGCGUGAGGAUGCCGGGAGGGGGGUUCUUGUUUUCUUGCGCGUGUCCCAGGAGGCUAAUGUGACGCAAAACGAUGUGAAGACACUCAUUAGCGGCGGAUGAAUGUCCCUUAACGAGCCGAAGCGGCGAAAUGCCGCCGGAACCGCGGCGACGGAAUGAAUUGACAUUCAUCGGCCGCCGCCCUCCGGCUUCGAACGGAUCUACUGAAGAUAAAGUGAUUUAUAAAUAUCGGCUCCCGAACGGCGGUCAGAAAGCGGCUUAUUUAUUUAUUUAUUUUGACAUAAUUAGCUGGCGGCGCCACGGGAGCGCUCUUGAAAAGGACACUGCUAGCAGAGGAGCGUGACGCUGUCACCUUCCCCUUCCUUCAAGCCGCUUCCGUCCGGCCGACCUUUGGCGUGACCUUCGGCCCGCCCGUGGUGAGCCGAGCCGGUCGUCGUUUCCAUUUAACUACUUUUUAGAGCCGAAUCGAUUUGGGCGCCCCUCGCGUCGGCUUCUUCUUUGCUAACGUUUCCUUCGCUUUUACUUCUCCCGUCCGGACGUGUCAUCUUUGCAACAGAUGUGGACGGGGGGAGGGGGGGCGAAAGCGGGGCAGACCAUUUCGGCAGCAUAGCUGGGAAUCGCUCGGCGAGAAGGACGUCGCGGGAAAAAAACGUUUGUGUAUAGACAGAGCCAGGCCGGUGGGACGGCGUCCGAGCGGUAACUUUUGAACGUCGGCCCGAUCCGUUUUAACUUAAGCGCCGCGGUCUCCGGAGCUCGGACUUUGAACCCAAAUUUUCUCGCCGCGCAAAAAUGGCGAGCGAACGACCCGAUGCCACGUCUACUGGGUGGCCUGGUAAACAGGAACACCUGACCUCUCUUGUCCAAAUAAAGAAGCGGACCACAGAGGACGACGGAACAUUCUUCUUCUCCUCUUGUUGAUUUCCAACAUGUGGCGCGAGCGUGCCGACGACAGCCUCCUCCUCUCAUCUGGCCCGCUUUGUUUUUCGACGGCUUUUCCCCUCCGGAAUGCGCGGCGGCCGAUCCCCUUUCCGAUGGCUUCCCGCCAACUUUUGUACGGCCGAGCGAAACGGAACGAUCGGCGACGAGGCGGAACGCUCCGAUUUUUUUUCCCGUCCGCGUCGGGAAAGCGCAUUCCGGCCGAGCGCCCGGCGUGAGCUCCGGAAACGAGCGGUCGCCGCUAAGGUAAGCACGGCCCAGGUGGCCGAUAUUUUGGGGCCGGCCGGCGAUAAAAAUAGAAGGAGGAGGGGAAAGAAAAGUUUCUCAUUCCCGGAAUGUCGCCGUUUUCGGCAGCGCGGCUGUCCUCGGAUGCACCGCAUAGGCACGCCGGCGCGUCCGGGGAGCGUUGUUUUCGCUCAACCAAAAGUCGUUUUUGGGGAGCGAACGGAUGGGGAGGGACAUCUCCGGACCGUCGGCAUUUGGGCCAAAUGUUGUUCGGAGGUGUCUGCGUCCCGCGUCAAGCGGCAGGCCGGCCGGCUGACGUCGAGGCGCGUGUGUUGUGGUUUCCUGUCAAGCUGUGAACAAGAAAGUCGCUUUUACACGCUGGCGUGUAAAGACACGCACUCGGAAAAAGAACUUCUAUUUUUAGACCGGCUGCGUGUGUGUUGUUGCCUGUGCAAGACUGUCAAAUCCUCUGACUGACUGAGAGACUUGUUAACCGGGCACGAGCGACGACGUGUCGCAGGCGGGAUUUUUAUCGGCGCCCUGAAAACCCCAUGCGCUGGCCUCCGCCCAAACCCCGCUUUAACAACAUCUCCGUUUCGUCAUUCGUCGUUUUAUCCGUCUCGGUCGGCCGGAUUCGAUUGUCGCGGCGGUGGCGGCAAUUAACAUCGGCACUGUCGCUAGCGCAGUCAGACGAUACGUGUUAAAUAAAGCACGUAAGGUCGAGGAAACAGGAAAUAAAGGGGUCGGCGGCGCCUGGGGUCAAAAGUGAGCUCCCGGCGGUUUGUUUGCCCGCCGGGUGACGGGAAGGUGAGGCGAUAAGCUUGUUUGCCCGGGGCGGGAAAUCACAAUGGCGUCGCCCGUGUCAAUGUUGAUCCCUCGCUUUGCGGCCGUCUCGCCAACGGGAAAUCGGAGGCGGGCGAGCGCGCUUUGUUUGGGGGAAGUUAACGGCGACAAAGCCGCUUCACGUGUUCCUCGCCGUGGAAAAAAACAAAACGUCCAAAAAAGCGCUCGCUCGGCGCCACGACAAACUACGGACGGGUCGUGCGUGUUUGUUCGUAGACGCCAAAACGCAAACCCGGCCCGCUCUCAAACACUCACCUGAGCUUUCGUCAACUCGCGCUCGUUCUAACCCGCGGAAUUGCACACGAUCCCACACUUCAGAUCUCUUGCUCAAAAGCCGCUCGCGCACGUCACCGGUCAUCCGGUGCCGAGUUGCUUUGAGGCCAUGACAACUUUCCACCUUCUGGAAGACUCUAGCGCGGCUCUUUCUCCCCGGCCCGCCGCAAAACUUCAAUCAUUUGCUUAACGCGUUAGCUCGAUCGCGCGCCGUAAACCUCGGCUUAUUAGCGCGCUCGUUAGCCGUCGACGCGGAGGAGGGAGACCGCGACGGUGUCUGAACGGUGGGCGGGUGGAGUCUCUCAAAAGUGAAGAAAAUGACAAGACGCGCACAAAAACGGAGGGUGCGCGACUCGCGUCGCUCGACCUUUGCGUUUCAAAAACACGAUAACAUUCCCGUCGCGCGACCGCUGUUGACGCUGGAGUGUCAUUUUUCACGCGCGUGCGGAUCGAGCGACUCCAGAGUCUUCGUUUUUCCACCUGGCUAAAAAUAGAAUUGGCGUCUGAAAGAAGAGCGGGCUUGGGAUGGGGUGUCGUUUCCACGAUGACGCCAACGCUCAAAAGGCGAGCGAACCAAUUUGAGACUGCUCGGCGGGAAAUUGGAGACGAGAAGUUUACCAUUCUUGACCGAGAGAAAAGUUUUGCGCGACUCCAGCGAACGGAAGUAGAGAAUUUUGUCCGUCAAACGGGACGUUGUUUCCGCGCGGGCUAGCCGGACAAAAAGCUGGCGCCGCGGAGAAGCGACCACUCCCGUUCCGCGGGAGGCCGUCGAGCGUGACGACGCUGACGAAGAAGCGUUAUGAUAUAUUGUUACACAACUCGCGUCGAUGUUGGUUAGCGCGCCGCCCGAGUCGUCGGGUCGUUAUCGAACAUUAACAUCAGACGGCCGUCGUCGCGGCUCUGUCAAUUAGCGGCGGUGUCCGCGUCUGCCUUUUGGACAGUGUGUUUCCGACAGCUGACUUGUGUGUCACGUAUGUCGAUUUAAAAAAAAAAAAAAAAAAGACAA